AUGGCAGGGAUCCCCAGGGAGAGAGGUAAGGAAAUAAGGAGCGAAGACGCUGAUACUAGUGGUGCUCAACGAGAAGAUGUGCAGCACAAGAUGAAGCAACGGUUAUACACUGCUUUAAUGGACCACAAACGGGAAGAAGUAGCGGAUUUCUACCAGGAUAAAUCUGUCCCGACCAAGAUCAACACUGCUGGGGACACCAUUCUUCACCUUGCCAUCCUCACGGGCAGUGAUGGUGAAGUGAUCAAGCUCAUGGAGCUCAUGGAGAAGCAGGACAAAAGAAGAAUGGAGAAAUUCGUGCAAGCGAGGAAUGUUUGGGGUUGCACGCCGCUCCACCAAGCUGCAUUCGUGGGAAUGGUUAACGUGUGCUCGUUCAUUGCUAAUCACUACCGCACGCAGGAGGUGGUGCAGCCCCGCAACAAACGGGGCGAGACACCACUGCAUGUGGCGGUGCUCCACGGCCAUAAGGAGGCGUUCCUCACCCUUCAGACGAUUAUUGAAAGAGAAGGCUGGAGUGCCUUGAAUAAAAAGGAUGGUGGGAACACCAUUCUUCACAGUGCUAUUUUCAGAGAACAUUUUGGUGAGUGA